AUGUCGUUUGCUCAGAGGGAUAGAGAGCCGUUAAGAGACUACCUCACCCGUUUCAACAACGAGUCAAUCACUAUCCCUAAUCUGCAGCAGGAGGUUGCAGUUCUACCUUUGAUGAGGGGAAUGCAAGAAUGUGAAUUCAAGAAGUACCUCAGCCGGAAAUCAUACAUUAAUCUGGGCGAUGUUUUACACAAGGCAAAUGAGUACAUCAGGGGAGAUGAAAUGAUGAAAAUCUCCAGUGUAGCAAUGUCAACCGGUGGAAAUGCCGGGUAUAAUCCGAACUAUAACAAUCUGCAGGCGGGAAGAGGAGGAAACAGUUUCAACCAGAAUAAUAAUCAGCAAGGGGCAAGCCAGAAAAACCAGAACAAUAGGAAUGUCAAUCCCCAGGGGCAGAGACCCCGACAAGAUAGAAGGGAGUCCCGAGGACUCUUCGAUAAUUACACUCCGUUGAACACACCGCGGACGACAAUUUACAACAUAAAUAACAAGAUGGACGAGGACUGCAGAGACCUCAAAGACAACAUUGAGGAUAUGGUGAGAAAGGGGUAUUUCUCGCAAUAUAGGGCAAGACAAGGAAAUGGUAACCACAACCCAGCAGGAGCAAACCCUGCCAAUUCAUACCGACCACAACAACAGCAAAAUCAGCAACAAUAUCCCAGAAUUGAACAACCAUACCAGCCACCCAGAAUAGAGCAAAGACCACUGGAAACCAGUGCUAGGGCAGAGCAAAGGGAUAACGGGAAAAAACCACCUGUAUUUGUCAUCUCUGGCGGCCCAGUCCACGGAGGGACGAUAAGUGGCGCCAGUAGGAGUUUGGAGAAACACAAGCACAUGGAUUGUAGAGGCAUCAUUUUCCCACAUGAUGACCCAUUAGUUCUAACAAUUGAUAUAGAAAAUGCCGAUGUGAACCGAGUACUGGUAGACGGAGGUAGCUCAACAAACAUCAUAUUUUGGGAUGCAUUCAAGCAACUACACAUACCAGAGGAAGAGCUGACAAGGGUAAACUACCCAGUAAUCGGUUUCUCAGGAUCUACGGUGUACCCGGAGGGUAGCAUAAGGCUGCAGGUGAAAGUCGGAGAAGGAUCUGAGAUGCGAGACCUCAUGGUGGAUUUCCUAAUCAUCAAAGUGCUAGCGACCUACAAUGUGAUCAUCGGUCGCCCGUUCAUACACGAUGCGCAGGCAAAGUCUCCACUUAUCACUUGA